GUUACGGCAAUACCUAAAGCGCAUAGAAACAGGCGGCGGCCCGUGACCUUCAGCCUGGCUCGCGCCUAGCGACCCGCGCGCUCAUCCCCGGCUGCGAUGCACCUACCACGAGUACCAUGACGUCACACACAUGUCAUCGCGUCAUGUUACCAGCGACCAAUGAGAGGCAUACAUCAGAUAUGUCGUGAUCGGCAGCCAAUGGUGUAGCGGCUCGUCAUCCCUUCGCGCACCAAUGAAGACAGAGGAUGACACUUACAAUUUUGAUCUCUCACAUCGAACUACCACGUAGCCUAUACCUAUCUUCACUUUUGCUCAUUUUUAAUGUAAAUUUAAUUCAGUAAAAAAUAAUGUAAAAUCCCGAAUUAAAUGUAGUUAAUUCGAAGAACCUGCUGCCUUCGUCAUUUCAUCAACCUGCCAUCCACAUCAGCGCAAAUCCUGGCCAUCAGCCCCAACUUAUGUCUAUACGCGCAGACAUAAAAUUUGGACCUUCGAGACCGAAUAUCAACCAGCCUUGGAUCCACGGAUUGGGUGUGAGAACGCAUCGGCAGAGUGCUGUAAAGACCAGAGUCAUCGGCAGCGGUGAAGAUCUUCGUGCUUGUGCUUUCGUUGUGACCCUAUCGCACGUCGUCGAGUCGACCUUCGCAUAAGUCUGCAAGCAGCCCGCGUCAGCUUUACUGCUAGCUGCCUUGCUGUGCUCGACCUUGGUGGUGUUUGCAACUGUGAGUACUUAGCGCCUGCCUUUAUUUGAUUCGCAAAAUGACUGGCAAAGAUGAUCUUGUGUUUCACGCCGCGUUAGGUCCUAAUCAAGACGCGGACUCGGAAACCAUAAAGCAUUUAAACCGUAGGCGAGGUUCCAUAAAAUGUAGGCUAACUAAUUUCAAAAAGUUUGUAAAAACAUUUGAGGGUUUAACUUUGUCCGAUGCCCAGCGCACAGAGCUCAAUUUACGCAUGCAGGGAGCUCAGGGUAUUUUCGACGAUUUUACUGAAAUUCAUAAUCAGUUAGAAGGUUUAAUUCCCGAUAUCGAAAUGGACGCACUUUUUGAAACCAGAGAGGUGUUUGAAAGCGAAUAUUACGCGAUUUUAGCUCAGGCACAAUGUAUGGUGAAAUGCUCGGAGAAAGCUAACGAGCCUAAAGUGCAAGCUUCUAAUAAUUUGACGCAAACAGUUCGGCUCCCCGUCAUUUCUUUGCCUACUUUCGACGGAUCUUAUGAACACUGGUUACAAUUCCGUGACACAUUUUCGUCCUUAGUGCACAACUCGCAAGAAAUAACCAGCAUUCAAAAGUUCCAUUAUUUAAAAUCAUCGCUCAAGGGUAAUGCGCUUCUUGUUAUCGAUUCGCUUGAGUUUUCGGCAGAUAAUUACGCGAUUGCUUGGGAAUUGCUACUUAACCGGUAUGACAAUAGUAGAUUGCUAGUACACAAUCACGUAAAGGCAUUAUUUUCUAUACAAUCGCUUAACAAAGAAUCGCCGGCACUGUUAAGAAAGUUGUUAGAUACAGUUUUAAAGAAUUUACGCGCUUUAAAAAUGCUCGGCGAGCCCACAGAAAGUUGGGACACACUAAUUAUUUAUUUAGUUGUCUCUAAAUUAGAUUCCACUACCGAACGUGAGUGGGAGCAAUAUAAAAGCACUUUAUUACCAGUGUCGAACGAAAACAAAACCGCGCUUAAGGUAGAUGAUUUGCUAAAAUUCAUUCGCGACCGCGCCGAUAUGUUAGAAACCUUAUUGGUUACGCACAGUCGGUCUAGCUCAAAUAGCACUUAUCCGCAGCAUGAUGCUAAAAAAUCAUACACUCAUAACGCGAACUCGGCUCCAAAAGUUCACUGCAAUGUUGUCACCGAAAAGUCCGUGGACAAAUCUCACUCCAAACAAACACCUAACAAAAAAUUAUGCAUUAUGUGCAACGGUAAACAUCCUUUGUACUCGUGUCAAGCAUUUAUUGAUUUAAGUUUGCAAGAUAAAUUAAAGUUAGUUCGCGAGAAAUAUUUGUGUGAGAAUUGUUUACGAACGGGGCAUGCGCCCAGUGAAUGCCGAUAUGGCCCGUGUAGGAAGUGUAACAAAAAACACAAUUCCAUAAUUCACGAGGACGAGAAGGAAGGUGCCAGUGACAAGCGCUCCGUAGCAUUGCUGGCAACUGACAACGCAUCCAGGUCGCCCUCCUCCUCCUCCUCGAUCGCUGAUAAUAAUAUCGCACACGCACAACACGUAUUGCAGGUAUCGAACGCACACAUAGACGAAGACUUAUACGCGCGAUUGUCUUCGAAGCGUCCUGUAAUUUUAGCAACCGCCAUUGUCGAAAUUCAAGAUAGUUACGGUAAUUAUCAUAAAACGCGAGUGAUUCUCGAUAAUGGGAGCGAAGGUUGUCUAAUUACCGAAGCGUUGUUUAACAAAUUAAAUCCGCCAUAUAUACAGUCCACAGAAGAACUAAAUGGUAUCAUGAAUUUAGCUACACAUAGUUCGCGAGUAUGUGAAAUAAAAAUAAAUUCACUUGUUACCGAUUUUAAAACGCGAUUACAAUGUCGAGUUUUACCGCAGUUAACCUCGUCAUUGCCUACGUUUCCGAGCAAACGUAAUCAAUACCGCAUUCCAGACAACGUACGUCUGUCAGAUCCUAACUUUUAUGAAAGUCAGCCUGUUGAGGUACUUAUAGGAGCUGACCUGUUCUGGGAGCUCCUCGAAGGGAUAGUUGAGAUAAACCGCUUAAUAAACGGAUCAUUCUUAGUAAAUACUAAGCUAGGAUGGAUCGUCUCGGGUCCUGUCUCCUCUAAUACGCGCAAUACCAAACCUAUUAAUUGUAAUUUUAUGCAAUCUAUUGACGCGCCAUCAUUAGACAAUCAAUUACGUAGGUUUUGGGAAAUAGAGGAGGUGCAGGUAAACAACAAAUCGCACGAUUCGCGCAGCGAAGAGGAGAUUGCAUGCGAAGACCAUUUUGUCAAAACGACCACCCGUCUCGAGGAUGGUAGGUUUUGCGUGCAACUUCCUCUCAAAGAACCUCCCGAAUCUCUCGGUGACUCAUUCGCGCAAGCAAAAAGACGCUUUAUGUCGCUGGAAAAACGUCUCAAUCGCGAUCCAGUAUAUAAAGGCAUGUACAGCGAUUUUAUAAAGGAGUAUCUCGCGUUAGGUCAUAUGAAACGAGUAUAUACCUACGGAACCCCUAAUUACUUUCUGGCCCACCACGGAAUUUAUCGUGCACAUGCACAAAAAACACGACUUAGAAUUGUUUACGACGCUAGCGCCCCCACGACCAGUGGCAAAUCGUUGAACGACAUACAAUGCGUAGGCGCACCUAUUCAAGGCGAUUUGAUUUCCAUAUUGCUAAGAUUCCGCGAAAAUAGGUUUGUUGCGUGCGCUGACAUCGAAAAGCAUUAUAGACAAGUCCUAAUUGACGAAUCUCAACGCGACUUACAACUUAUUUUAUGGCGCGAUAAUCCAAGCGACGACCUUGAAAUAUAUCAGCUGAGCACCGUUACAUACGGCACGGCGGCCGCUGCCUUCCUCAGUUGCAGGUGUCUAAAACAAUUGGCGCUGGAAUGUACAGAUCCCGAAGUAGCUAGGACGAUUAGAGACGAUUUUUACGUAGACGAUUUCAUCUCUGGAUCGUCUACAAUUCCCGAAUUGCUACGAAUUUGUGAUGAAACCGCGAAAGUUUUAAGUUCUGGUUGCUUCCCAUUACGAAAAUGGGUUUUUAACUUCGACUGUACCGACCAACGUUAUAAUGAUAAUACGACGUCAAAAGAAUUAUCAUUAGGCGAACACGCGCAUAGUAAGACUUUAGGUCUCGGUUGGUUGAUUGGGACGCAGCGGUUCCCGAUGACGUCACGCAAGCCUGGCACCGCUUUGUAA